AUGACGAUGAAGAUGUUUGGCAAAAAUAGGGACGGCAGACUGGAUUUGAAUGACCUGGCCAGAAUAUUGGGCCUGAAAGAGAACUUCUUACUGAAGUUUAAGAUGGACGCUUGCACUCAGGAGGACAGGACGAGAGACUUUGAGAAGAUAUUUGCUCACUAUGAUUGGAGUAAGACAGGUGCGUUGGAGGGUCCUGAAGUUGAUGGAUUUGUCAAGGAUAUGAUGGAGCUGGUGAAGCCCAGCAUUAGUGGCACAGACCUGGACAAGUUCAGGGAUGCCCUGAUGGGUCACUGUGACAUCAAUGGAGACGGAAAGAUCCAGAAGAACGAGCUGGCUCUUUGCCUCGGACUCAAACUCAGCUAA